AUGGGCGCAACUCAAAUGCCUGCCACCAAGAGUAGUUGGUCUCCUUAUGCUCAACUUAUACGGCUUGAGAAACCAGUCGGUAUUGUGAUCAUUCAUUUUCCCUACAUCGUCGGAUCGCUCUACGCAGCAUGUUUGUCACAGCCCAGAAUAGCGCUUCAAGACGUCGCGCAAAUCAAUUUUCUUUUGCUGUGUGGUACAUUUUUACUGCGUUCAUGGGCAUGCGCCUGGAACGAUAUCGUCGAUCGAGACCUCGACAAACUGGUCGAGAGAUGCAAGCAGAGACCUAUGGCUAGCGGCAAGCUCUCGGUGAGGAAUGCUUGUUUGUUUACAGGAUUCCUCUGUCUUGUCUGGCUAGCCCUGAUGAAAAUUCUCGUUUCGUCGUUCCUCACUCAUGGAGUGGCUUUACUUGUUUUUUCGGGCGUCUACCCAUUUACCAAAAGAUUUACGGCCUAUACUCCAGUCUGGCUGGGUCUUACCUUUGCAUGGGGAGUAUUUGUUGGAUUUGCGGCGACGGGCCUUGAUCCCGUGCAGUUGUUGCUCUCUAGCGAAGAAUUUGAACCCGCUAUUAAGGGGGCACUAUUGCUCUUCGUUUAUUACACGAUAUGGACGGUUAUCUUCGAGACGGUGUAUGCUUUCCAGGAUCUGCCCGACGACACAAAAGCAGGAAUCAAUUCCAUGGCCGUCCGUCAUCAAUUCCACAUACGAGAGUUAUUGGGAAUACUUGGCAUAGCGCAGGUUGCAGUGCUCUUUGGUCUAGGAAAGGUACUGGAAGCUAGUAGUUUGUAUUAUUUUGGUCCUCCGUUGUUCAAUAUUGUUAUGCUGUUUAGGAUGGUUACGGGAAUCGACUUUAGAAGUGCUGAGCAGUGUCGCUGGUGGUUUGGUCAUGGUCCGCUCAUGGCGGGAGUUGUGUUGGUUGGUAGUUUGUGCAUUGAGUAUUUGGGACGAAUUGAUUAG